AUGCCCUUAUUUCUCCGUCCAACCACACCACAUGAUACAACUCUGGAUCAGCUCCAAGCCAAUGAGACAGGACUGCAAGUCGAGAUGUACAUCCCGAACCACGAGGAGCAUGAAGAGGACUUGCAUGUGCCAGUUGAGCUGAUAAUGAAAACAGAGGUCAAGCAAGUUCAACAUGCUGUACAAGCAUUGACAUCUCAUCCAACUCUUCCCAGUCCUUGGCGGGCUCUGAUUGACGACAGCACUGAUUACCUGUACUACUGGAAUUCGGACACCAAGGUCACCCAGUAUGAGCGUCCAGUCUCUAAGGACCCACCAUUGACCUUGGUUGCUUCACAACUGCGACCUGGAGUGAGCUCAUCCAUGCAACAGCCUAAGCAGCAGGCCCCUUUAGAUGUCCCUGAAGAGAAUACGAAUCAAAAUCCCUGUCAGUAUGUAGGUAGUCGAUCCAUUGGUAAUCCUUCAAUCAUUGAUUCAACUGAGUUUGUGCAAGAGCCAUCCAUAGUGAAACAUCACAAGCAAAGUUCAGUAAAAUCUGGUCCAGCUGCUUCAACUGCAGAAGCAUAUCGAAGUCAGCAUGAAAUAACUGUAACUGGAGAUGUUGCUCCAGAUCCAUUUAUGACAUUUCAAUCUACUAGUUUUCCACCUGAUAUUCUUAAAGAGAUACAUCAUGCCAGCUUCUCGGCUCCUACACCAAUUCAAGCUCAGUCAUGGUCAAUUGUCUUAAGGGGGUGUGACAUUGUGGCCAUUGCAAAGACAGGAUCAGGAAAAACAGUAGGCUUUCUAAUGCCAGGGUUUGUUGUUCUCAAACGUAAUCAUAAUAAUUCUAAGAUGGGUCCUACUGUACUAAUUUUGUCACCAACGAGGGAGUUGGCCACUCAAAUACAGGAUGAAGCAGUCAAGUUUGAAUGCAAUGUGAGGAUGGACUGCGAGCACAUUUAUGAGAAGGAACCACUACAUCUUAUCAGGUUGCCCGAAAAUUCUCCAAGUUGGACGGGUUGUAUGCGAUGCCUUGCUUACAAUAGAAAUUGA